GAGAAAAUCCUCUGUACCUGUUCCCUCUGAAUUACUCUCCAUUUUUCAUCCGAAAAACCAAUCAAGAAGAGCUCACGAACCAUACCGGAGAAAUUUACAUCAUUGAGUCGAGAUGGCGACGAUGGCCGACUCAUCAGAGGAGAAACAACAGCUACCUUCACCAUCACUAUCACCACACAACGAUUACUCGAAAUCGAAAACCCUAGAAGACGCAGUGCCAUGGAUCGACUACGCCGUGCAGCAGGCACGAAUGGCUCAGAAGACCGUCGAAGACACCAUGGACACCACAGUUGCCGCCACCAGAUCCCGCCUCGACCGGUUUUUGUCCACGGGGUCGGCUCAUCUCAAUCAGACCAUCGAUUCUCUGCAAGAUUUCAAGUCUGAGUAUGCUGUUUAUGAAGCUUUUGUGUUUGGGAAGAUCAAAGAGGCAAUUCUUGUUGCGGCUUCACAUCCAUUGGCUACAGGCAGUGCUGCUGUUGGCGUGGCAUUUUUGGCUCUAAAGAGGCCCAGACGUUUCUUGUACUACAAUACUCUGCGCCUCUUUUCCAGCGAAGAGUCAUUGAUCUCCAGAGCUGAUGCUAAAGUAAAGGAGUUGCGGCAAUCAAUUGAUCUUUUGAAGUUGGAAUGUGAAAAGUUGGAGAAGAGGGCAUCACUAGCAGAAGAAGAAAUGAUACGAGGAAGAACCAAACUAAGACAAGCAGGGAAGCAGAUCCAAGGUGUCAUACAUUCAGCUUAUAAAAUUGAAAGACAAGCAGGGGGCCUGAAAGAUGCCCUUGGAGAACUUCCUCGCAGAGAAGCAUCUCAUUUUCGAUCCCAAGUUUCUAAACUUGCCGGGGAGGCAAAACGAGAAAGGAAUGCCCUGACCAAGGAGGUUUCAAAGAUCAACAAUUACGGAAUCUCAGUCUAAAACUAUCACCCUUCCAUGCUCUUGUUCCUUGUGGAUUACAGUUAAAUAAUUUGAAACACAAGGCUGACAUACUACAGAUGCCUCCAUUUUUCCUUACAAGAAUAAGUCUUUGGAACGUGUGGCUUUGGAUUUUGUUCUCAGGACACUCAUCUCAUAUUUCUUGAAAUAUCAAAUAUAGUGUUUCUACUA